AUGAGUGAAACCGAACCACAGUCAACGGAGCUCAGCUUCGUGAGCAGAGACACCGGCAGAUUUACACACGAGGAAGACAGCAUCACACAGAAUGGCGGCUCCCUCCCACCGACUGACCGUGGACGAGGCGCCUACGUGAGCCUCGCUUGCUGUACAGUGGCACAGGUGCCUAUCUGGGGCUACUCGGUAUCCUAUGGCAUUUUCCAAGAAUACUACAGCAGCUCCAAGAGCGGCAUUCCAGGCUCGUCCGGGUCCUUCGCCACCAUUGGCACCUCGCAAAUGGGCAUUAUGUACUUGAUGAUGCCGGUGGCAUUCCUGCUCCUUCGUCGAUACCCGUACAUGCGUCGAUAUUGCGGUCCCCUGGGGCUUCUUGUAACGGUAGUGUCGCUUGUAUCCUCGGCGUUUGUAGGGACCGUUGGAGGUCUCAUUGCGACACAAGGUGUGCUCUACGCCAUUGGAUGCGGAUUGCUCUUCAGCCCGAUAUCAAUGUACAUGGAUGAAUGGUUUGUCGAGCGCAAGGGAAUGGCAUACGGCGUCAUGUGGAGCGGCAAAGCAUCUGUUGGUGUGGCCAUGCCCUUCAUCUUCAGCAAACUUCUUGAUGAGUUUGGUCUCAAGGCGACGCUGCUCUCGUGGACAAUAGCAUCCGCGAUUCUAACUUGCCCGUUGCUAUUCUUCCUGAAACCUCGAGUGCCGCUGCCACGUUCGACCCAAGCUCGACCUCUGUCGUUCGAAUUCUUGCGCCAUGCUCCGUUCUGGAUGAUGCAAAUCGGCAUUGCUAUCCAGGCUCUAGGCUACAUUAUGCCAAGCACUUACAUGGCGACAUAUGCAUCCAACAUUGGUCUUUCAUCCGUCAGUGGACCAAUACUCGUUGCUUUAUUCUCAUUUGCAUCUAUCCCGGGGGCCGUGGUUCACGGAAUUCUAGGCGAUAAAAUAUCCGCCACAAAGAUCAUUCUCAUUUCUUCAUUUGGAAGUGGAAUACCCGUUUUCCUGCUCUGGGGACUGAGUCGCCACUUUGCCAACAUGAUUGUCUUUGUGCUGGUGUAUGGUUUCUUUGCGGGCGGCUUCAGCAGCACAUGGUCCUCUAUGAUGCGGGAGAUUAAACGCGACGACUCAUCCUCUGACUCGGCUGUUAUUUUUGGCAUGCUUCUUGGUGGAAGGGGUGUUGGGUUUGUUCUCGGCGGUCCGGUCAGCGGUGCGUUGACGUCGGCGAGGGGACAGUUGUCGCAGGAGGCGUUGGGGUACGCGACGAUAUAUGGACCGAUGAUUUUGUGUACGGGAGUUACGGCUUUACUUGGGGCAUGGGGACCGUAUUGGAAACUUUUGAAUAAGGCGUCUUCGCAGGGACUUUCGGAUUGUUUGCCUACUCGACAUCCGUGA